CUCACUGAUGCAAAACAUAAAUGACACUCCCUUUUUCUAAUUGCAAAGUUUUCGAAACAAUCAAGCAACAUAAGUCUAUGCAAAUGAAAACAAGAGUUUUUCGUACUCAAUCUGUUUAAAUUUGAGAUUCAUCGAUGGGCCACGUCACUUAGAACACUUUGUUUCUUAAUGAAACAUGUCCAGGGAUCUACACGGAAGAGGCUUCGUUAGAGAAUGUGCCAGCAGAGAGGUAAGUUUAUCAAAAAAUAGCUUCAGGGCCUUGUGUACUCCACAGAUCGUUUCACAGGGCAUUUAUCGAGUCAUCUUAAUGUAUCCACCUCCAUGUUUCACUUUUACUAUGUAGUGCAGUUUUGUUUAGAUUAUUUCUGUGAAUUACAUUUGGGAUUCUGAAGAAACUUCUGGGAUUGAUGCCAACAUCUUGCAACUUUCAAAGCUUCUAGAACAUUUUCAGCAGAGAGCGUAAGAAACAAUGGAUAAACAUUCCACGAAGCAGACAUUAUAUUUCCCCUUAAUCUCUCUUAAUCUCUAUUAGCUUCUAACUUCUUGCUUAAUGCAAUUUUUAAUUCAAAGCUUGCUGUCGCCAUUAGCUCCCGAUCAUGAUAAUAUCGAGCGAAAGAAUAUCCUUUGCCACCCUAGAAAGACCGCACAUCUAUAUAUUUCCGCCUAGACAACACCAGGCGGGUUUGAGCUAUGAACACCUGUGAGCGGCCAGUUCAAGUACAUGCAACUAAGUCGUUUACCUUUUUUCUGUCCAACGAUGAUUUCUGCAUCGAUCUGCAAGUUUAUGCUUCUCUUUUCCCUUCGCUGUUAAACUCGUAGGUAAACUUGGCCCGCAAAGAAAGGUGGACGCUAAAAAGCCGACUCGGUUGAUAACCCAGUCAGUUAUUGCGAGUUUUAUAUGACACAGCUCACUGACAGCUCUUCUGCUUUUCGCGAAAAACAGAUAAAAAAGCAGCGCGUUUAUCAGAAAACUUGUAAAGAAUUCACGAGUGAACGAAAUCCAGUGGUCAUUAAAUUCUGAGUGUAUACAAUCAAGUGAUCACUUACAGGGUAGUGAAACUGCUAAUUCAUUAUACGGCUUCAAUAUCAAUUUGCAUUACCGUACUUCAACAUUCAAAACACCCUAUUACAUCUACAGGCAAUUAUUUGUAUUGAUGACAGUCAGAGAGUGAUACUUUUUCAAAUUGAGUGUCACGGAUAUAAGAAAAUUAAUAUGGUCCAUAUGUCUGCCUUGUCGACAAUUUCCACAUUUGUUUUGCUCGGUAGUGUUGUGUUGCUUAGGUAACUAUAUUUUUUCACCCUCCCUCGCUUUGCAAUCAAUAGACCGAUAAUUUGUUCAUUCAGUUGGCUUCAAAUAAAAUGAUAAUGUAUAAUGUUUGGUUCUAACAAACGACCUGGCAGUAAAUGAUGUCCAAACUUUUAAUGUUACGUAUUUGCUUCUAUGCACAAAGGAAACGUCAUGUAUAAUCAAAGCAAUUACUAUUAAUAGCUCCCUGAAAAUCUAACAAAGCGGAACUUUUAGACUUCACAGCUCUUUUCCUUUUGAUGCGCUCGGCUAGCAAACUCAAAUCAAACACGAUAGUUGUUCCAGUUCGGUUCAUUGCACUAAAUACCCUCGACAGUUAAUAAGUUAAACACCUCUUUGAGGGGAUUGGUUGUAAAUUUUUUCAUAUAUAAUCAUGAUAGUAUUCCUAUCAACAGUCACGUAUUGACAAUAUUCACUAACUCUCUUUACGGAUGACUUGGUGUUGGUUUCAUGGUAUUGUAAUCAUAAAAACAAAGCAAAAACAGUGACGGAGCGAGUCAAUCGUUGUAGUGUGACCCACGUUAUAUCUUUCUUGUCAACGUAGGUUCAGAAUGAAUUUCCAAGACAUGAACAUCUUCUGCAUCAAGGUUGCUGAAUGGCGACAGCAGCACCUUCACCCCUGGCCAGCUCAAGAGAGAAGACAAAUGGAAACAAGCUGAGCAGGCUCCUUAUCGAUGGGGGAACAACAGUGUUGAGGAAUAUUUUCGAUCACUAUCACCCUCCUGCCAACUUAACUUCUGAUCUCAAUUCCAAUUACUCCAUUCUUAACAACCUUUUGCGUAGAAGAGUACUAAAUAAGCAUCAGUGGGACAAACUCUUCCCCUCUGGUGGAGGGCUACCAGACUCCAACACGUUUGACAUCACUCUUCUGUUCCUCCUACUAACCAACAUUUGUGGUUUAUCCCCUCCCCUGACAGGAUGGCACACCAAGCCAUCCCCUGGUGAUAACUCUCUUGAGGCUAACCUUGCUCGGGUUAAGUUCUUCCGGAAUGAGCUGUAUGGUCACGUGACGUCCACAGGGGUUGAUGCGACAUCUUUCUCUACAUUUUGGCAAGAAAUAAGCACCACUCUUUAUUCGCUCGGUUUAGAUCAAGCAGAAAUUGACAGACUGAAGGCAGAGCAGGGAGGAGAGGAAGAUUACCUUGAUGCCUUAAUUGAGUGGGCUGACAGUGAAGAGGACAUAAAAACACAGCUGAAGGAUAUCCAGCAGACGCAACUUAAACUCAGUAAAACGGUUGAAGAUGGCACUUUAAAGAUGGAAGAGCUACGUCAAGCCCUAAGCAAAACUCAGGAUGUCGUAGAUGAAGCAGUGGAAAUAGAACUCAAAGGACAACAAGAAAUGAGGGCAGCACAGUCACGUUUAGAGGGAGUGUGCGAGUCCCAAGACGAAAUUCGUGCGUCAAUUCAAGAGGUAAAAGAGGAAGUAAAAAGCUUGACGAAAAAGAGAAACGAGCAGGCAGGUGAAGUGCUAAGAACUCUUGUGAAGUCGGAAUUCAAAGGAGACAUAGAAUUUCAUGCAAACAAAUUCCAGGAAGGUACUCGUGAGUGGAUCUUCGAAAGUAUUGAAGACUGGUUAGAUGACCGAGCAUCGCCACAUCGGGUGAUGGUAAUCAGUGGAAAUCCAGGGAUGGGAAAGACUGUUAUCUCCGCUGUUGUUUCGCAAAGAAUGCAAAAGGUCGGAAGACUCUCGGGAAGCCACUUUUGUCAGCAUAACAAUUCAAGGUACCGAGAUCCGCGUUUAAUGCUCCAGUCUUUGGCCUGUCACUUGUGUCAAGCGAUGCCAAGUUACAAAGAUACUCUGGUAGAACAGCUGUCAAGAAAUCUGGAAAAGACCUCAACAACAUGGGUGUAG